AUGGCGUCGCGUCGUACUGAGUUCUCGUGUCUGCCGACAGGCGGCGCGCGGGCGCUGCGGCUGGUGCGCGUGCGCGUCCCUCCGCUGGUGGCUCGCGGCAUGACGGCGCGGCUCGAGUGCCGCUUCGAGCUGCAGCGGGACCGCCUCUACUCUGUCACGUGGUACAAGGACCACGAGGAGUUCUACCGAUACGUGCCGCGCGCGCCCACGCCGCAGCACAGCUACCGACUCGAGGGCGUUCGAGUAGUCGACGAGCUGUCGGACAGCCAGCAGGUGAUCCUGCGCAGCGUCAGCCUGCGCGCCACCGGCGUCUACCGCUGCGAGGUGUCGGCCGAGGCGCCCUCCUUCACCUCGGUGCACGGCGAGGGCCACAUGCAGGUCGUCUCGCUGCCGCACGAGGGCCCGGAGAUCUCCGGAGAGGUUGGCGGUGUGUUCCGGCAGGGCGACGCGCUCGCCCUCAACUGCACCUCCGGGCGGUCCUCGCCGCCGGCCAGGAUCCGCUGGUUCGUCAACGAUCGCCAGGUUCCGCCGGCGCUGGAGGCGUCUGUGCAGCAGCACGGGCUGACGGCCACCGUGUCCGGGCUGCGCCUCGUCGUGUCCGAGCGACACUUCUCCGCUGACGGCCUGCUGCGGGUUCGAUGCCAGGCGACGGUGACCGCGGGCGGCGGCCCGGACGCAGAGCCGCUGGUCGAGACGCGGGAGGCCCUCGUCGUGGCCCAGGGAUCGGCGGGUUGCGCUCGCCCGCCACCACUGCAAGCUGUCCUGCUGACUUCACUGCUGGCGGCGUCACUGCUGGUGCGAAGUGUAUCCAGCGCAUGCGCAUGACGGCGCUCUGCGCUCCAGAAACGUGGGGCCUGCGCAGUAGUUCCAGUGACAAUAAACUCGUGUUCGGUGGCGAGCGGCACCUGCGGCUGCCCGCUGUGCAAGCACGAUCGUGAUCUUCCUCGUAUUUCCCUCGCCGUUAUCAACAAUGUGAAACUAACCACUACAGUCUCCACCACUAACAUUUCAGUACACAUUACGAAGUAUUGUUGAUAGUCCAUUUCCAGAGAUACUCAUUCCUCUAUGUGUCUUAAGAUUCAAAUGUCUUCUGUGAGUGAGAAUUUUGUGCCAAGUUUGUUUGAUGUGUGCUCCUGA